GCUAACAGAACCCGUAGCAUCAUAGCAAAAGUAUCCGGAGACGUCAUCGAAACAAAACAAGAUCCAUUCCACGUAAUCCAGCGUAUCACGGAAAAACUAGCUGACAAGGCUAAGCAAAAUUCGCAGGCAAAUAGGCUGUCAAUGACGCUGCACAACAGUGGGGAUGUUCGAGCUCCUGAGACGAUGGCCGAACGAUUUCAAGACGUAUUG